AUUCGCGAUGAACGUGUGAAAUUACGAGUGGCGCACAUGAUGCUUACUGUUAUUAUUGUUUUUGCAUUGUGCUGGCUACCCUUAUACGGAAUAUACUGUUAUUUCUUUUUAACGAAGGAUCACAGUUCGGCAACAUUUCAAUUCGCAUCGCAUGUGUUGCGACCAAUUUUCCAGUGGUUGUCGUUGCUAUCGUCAUCGCUGAAUCCACUAAUCUACAUUGCCUAUAGCCAAAAGUACAGACGCGCGUUCCGUCAGUUGCUGGUGCUACCAUGUCAUCGACGCUAUGAGCGGAUACGAAGUGUUACACGCACUACGCUGAGGCUUCGGCUGAAACCUCACACUGCAGAUGGUACAAUGCGUCAAGGCCGAUACAACGGGAGUACGAAAUCAGCCUGUGAUAUAACCUUAUCACCAAUUACCAUACUGUCAUCUUUGGACACGCCAUGCUCUCGUUUACAGAGAUCUCGCACUCAAACGAUGUCUUCGUUUUGA